GAGCGUCUGUUCAGAUCUCCUACAGUUAAAUAUUAAUUCUACAUCAGGGAGAAUGUGAUGUUUUUUUAGUUUCUCUUCAUGUCUGAACAGACUUUCCUCUUCCUCUUCUUCAACAGGCAGUAAGGCAGGAAACAGGAGGACGGCGAACAUCAGGAGCAUCGGCUACUCCGACCUCUUCUGUCUCUCCAAAGACGACCUGAUGGAGGCGCUGAAGGAGUAUCCUGAUGCUAAGGCUCUGCUGGAGGAGAAGGGACGGCAGAUUCUGAUGAAGGACGGACUGCUGGACCUGGAGGUGGCAGCACAGGGUCCCGACCCCAAAGAGAUCGAGGAGAAGGUGGAGAGGAUGACGAGCACGCUGGACGUCCUGCAGACGCGUUACGCCCGGCUGCUGGCCGAGCACGAAGCCACUCACAGCAAACUCAAACACAGAGUCGCCCGGCUGGAGAAGAAGCUGCCGCGGCCGCCUCUGCCACCUGAGGCUUAGACAAGGAGGAAGAGGAGAGGAGGAGGAGCAGAGGAGGAGCAGAGGAGGAGCAGAGGAGGAGGAGAGAGGUUUGAAGUUAACAUGGACACAACUUCAUGUUCAUUAACCUGAGAGCAGUUUGUUUCACAUCCAGACCUGAGGGAGUUUCCAUCCUGCCUCUCUGACGUUCACUCAGAGCUGAGACACAGGCGGAGGUGAGGGUGGAGGACUGAGUCUGGAUCAGUGGAGGAACAACCGAGCAUCAGAAGACAUCAGACAGAGAGAGAGAGAAUAUUACUAUCAUAAUAAAAUGUAACUCCAGUAUUUUUGAACCUGAGGAACAUGGAGGUUCAGGAACACAGAGGGAUCCUUUCAGCUGUAAAACACUGUAACUCUAAUGUUUUAAAUAAGAAGCAGUUCAUUUUCUCUGUAUCAAGCUGAGCCUGUUCGUAGAUCAUAGUUUGAUUUUACAGAAAUGAAGCAUCAUGAGUCUGUCUGAGGUUUGACACAUAAACACUUUCCUGAGGUCGGCGACGAGCUUUACUGUGUAGAUCACCUGCUUUAAAACCAGUAGAGGUCAAAGGUCAGCAGAGUGUCCUCUCCUGCUGUAAACCAGACUCACUGUGACGGCUGCUUGUUGCUGUUAAAGCUGAGUAAUGUCAGGUCUGAUGCUCUGCGCUGAAAUAAAGAGAUUUUAUAAGG